AUGGGGAAGAACCAGGCGUAUAUACCACCCCUCAUCGGGUGGUUAUACGACCUAGUCCUGUGGACCUUCUCCGUCCUCAUUGACCUCUUCUUUCGCGAGGUGCAUCCUCGCGGAUCAUGGAAAAUCCCCCGUCGAGGACCGAUCAUCCUCGUCGCUGCCCCUCAUGCGAAUCAGUUUGUCGAUUCGCUCGUCCUGAUGCGCGUGAUUCGCAGUGAAGCACACCGACGAAUCUCAUGGUUGAUCGCUGAGAAAUCUUUUCGGCGCAAGUUCAUUGGUUUACUGGCCAGAGGAAUUGGUACAUUGCCUGUGGCGCGCGCGAUGGAUAAUCUGAAGCCGGGACAAGGCACUAUCUACCUCCCCGACCCCGUCAAUGAGCCCACGCUUCUUCGCGGAGUGGGCACCAACUUUGAAGGCCCCGGAUUCGAGGCAGAGGGCACCAUCGCGCUGCCCACCAUCAACGGCACUGCGCACAGCACGGCAAUCGCCGAGAUUCGGGGACCGGAGGAGCUCGUGCUCAAAAAGCCAUUCAAGCACCGAGACGCCCUUUUCCAACUGACUGGCCGGAAAGAUAUCGACGACGAUGGCAAGUUUACAGGGGAUGAAUCUGAGAAGGAUCCAGACUUCAAAGGCACCAAAUUCAAAGUUGCGCCGCAUGUAGAUCAAACCGCCGUCUACGAGGCUGUCUUUGCUCGAUUGAACUCGGGCGGCUGCGUGGGUAUUUUCCCCGAGGGUGGAAGUCAUGACCGACCAUCUCUGCUUCCCCUGAAAGCGGGUGUGGCUUUGAUGGCCCUGGGCACCCUGGCAGACAAUCCGGACUGUGGCUUAAAGAUCGUUCCCUGCGGCAUGAACUAUUUCCACGCUCAUAAAUUCCGUUCACGUGCAGUCAUUGAGUUUGGGAAUCCCGUGGAGGUUCCAAGAGAGCUGGUUGAUCAGUUCAAGAAGGGCGAACGUCGCGAGUCCGUUGGAGCGCUGCUGGAUAUUAUCUACCAGAGUCUGGUCGCAGUGACUGUGACCAGCCCCGAUUAUGAAACUCUAAUGGUUAUCCAAGCUGCGCGCCGACUGUACAACACCAAAGGGAAGAAGCUUCCGCUCCCCAUGGUUGUGGAGCUCAACCGCCGUCUCGUCAAAGGCUACGCACAUUUCAAGGAUGACCCGCGCAUUGUCAAUCUACGAAACGCUGUCGCGAGCUAUAACAAGCAGCUUCGGAUUGUCGGCAUUCGUGACCACCAGGUCGCGUACGCCAAAUUUUCGUUCCUGCAAGUUAUUGCCAUGUUGGUUUAUCGCUUGGGCAAGCUGGCCCUUCUGACAAUCGGUACCCUUCCUGGUCUGCUUCUGUUCACUCCGGUCUUCAUCGCGACAAAGUAUCUGUCGAUGAAAAAAUCCAAGGAAGCAUUGGCGGCGUCCUCGGUCAAGCUGCAAGGUCGCGACGUGAUGGCGACUUGGAAGCUUCUGAUUGCGCUUGCCUUCGCUCCCGCGGUCUACGCUACCUAUACUGCGAUAUUUACCUAUUGGACCUACCGAAACCGCAUCCAGGGCCUGGUGCCCGACUGGGUCCCUCUGUGGUUGAUCGUCAUUGUUGGAAUGGUCGGCUUCCCGACCAUCACUUUUGCCGCUCUUCGCAUUGGCGAGGUUGGUAUGGACAUCGUCAAAUCCCUGCGACCCCUCGUCCUGUCUCUGAACCCGUCGUCGGCAAACACCCUGGUCAGGUUGCGCGAAAGGCGUGCCAUGCUCGCUCAGCAAGUUACGGAUGCCAUCAACACCAUGGGUCCCGAGUUGUUCCCCGACUUUGAUGCUGCCCGCAUUGUCACCGAUCCGUUCCGUGAGGCUGGCGAGGAAUCGACCGUCGUACGCGAGCCACCAACGCCGAAGCGCAGUCAGGAAGCCAAGACCGGCGAAUCGUGGACUUCAGCUGAGCCUCUUCCCCGCAACGAGUCGUUUCAAAACUUGGCCAACAUUGGCUUCUUCUCGACUCGACCUCCUAGUCGCAAUCGAAGUCGCAGUCGCUCGUCGGGGCCAGGACCGGCUUCGCGGCACGGAAUGAAGCCAUUGAGCCCAAUGACAACUCAGAACGAUGCGCUGGGGGAUGUGAGCUCGCGGAUCCGGGAUGCGAUGAGAGAGCGGGGGGAACGACGACGACGACGGAGCGAGGAUGGAAGCUGGGAUAUGGCCAGCUCGGGGAGUGCGACGCCUUCCAGCGGGGACGAGAUGCGAAAAGAUCUGUAA